ACGUCAUGUAGGAAGCGAAGCAGGAAGGGAGGAGAAAUGAGCUCGGGCUUCCUAGUAUCACUAGCGUUAGUUCUCUUUCAAAUAAACACUACUUAAGCAUACUAGCAACUUACUACACGUAACAUUACAAUUACAUCAAGAUACUUUUUAAAAGGGUUAAACAUUUUUUUCAAGUUAGUCCCGAAAGAUCCGGAUUCUCCUCCUGAAUGUGAAUGAAAGAAAAGCGAAACGCGUGAAGUGCUGGAACACACGGCACAAGAAGACACUGUGUCUUGAGGUCAAUGUAGCGCUUCUGGAGGACGUGCAGUCAUCUGUUAUCUGUUAGGUUCAGCAGAAAGAUUGCUCUGAAGAUUAGUAAGUGAGUUGCCGUUCCUCUUUUGCCCUCUAAUCAUCCAAGACAAACACUGGUUACUUCUGACAUAGCUUGAAAAGCAGAAUCAGGAUGUCAUCUGAGGAAGAAGAUGCCUCAAACAGUAACAGUGGUCAAUCAAAAAGUAGGCUGAAGAGCAAGAAGCCACCAAGUCUGAUGAUUGCAAUUCCCAAACCCGAGGGUGACAAAAAGUCCCUGCGGCUGUCUUUUAAGAAAAGUGUGAGUCUACAGCAGUCAAGUGAAGGAUUGUCAGACAGCAGUCCAUCUACAAGGGACAGACGAACAACGUUCAAGAGGCAAACGUCACUCUCUCAGAGCAUUCGCAGGGGUACAGCUCAAUGGUUUGGAGUCGGCAGUGAUAGUGAAUCCAAGCAGCAGGAAUGGCACAGGAAGAGUCUUCGGCACUGCAGUCAGAGAUAUGGCAAACUGAAACCUCAGUAUUGUGAGCAGAAUGAGGCAGCCAGCCUAGAUUAUGGCCCGGAGUCACCAGUGGCCACCAGAAUGCCAAAGAUUGUGGAUCCUUUGGCUCGUGGACGACAGUUUCGUUAUGAGGAGUCCGAGCGACCGAGGACACCUCAUACAGCAUAUCCUCCUUUGACCCCAGGAGUGACCUCUCUCUGCUCGUUCACCAGCCAGCGCUCUGGUUACACACGUUUUCCACGGAGAAAAAGAGAAUCGGUGGCUCGUAUGAGCCUCCGUGCUGCGUCCAACCUUCUUAAGGGUCGACAGGGUCUACAGGGCACUCAGAGUGGACGUGGAUUUCAGAGGAGGAGUUUUGCUCGGCCCAGCUGGCUCGAAGAUGACACUGUGGAUACAGCAGACACCUCUGAUUCAGUUUUUUUUAGCAAAGUAGAUGUCCAUGAGGAGCUUUAUUCUAUGGCAGAUGAUGUUUUUGAGUCACCCCCUAUAUCAGCUUCUUGUCAUGUGGCAGAUGUUUCGUUGGGCGAGGGAAUAUCAUUUCCUCACUUGGGAAAGAAGGAUUUUACCAAAACUGUGGCCCCCUCUGAGAGAGAAUCUUCUCGUCGUGGAGGUCGAAUUGCCUCCAAAGUCAAGCACUUUGCGUUUGAUAAGCAGAAGCGUCAGUAUGGUAUGGGUGUGGUGGGGAAUUGGCUGAACCGACACUAUAGACGCAGCCUUAGCAGCCAAGUACAGAAACAACUGGAAGAUUUUCAUAGCCAUAGGCCAUAUUUUACCUACUGGAUUACCUUUGUGCAUAUUAUCAUAACAUUGCUGUCCUGCAUUACAUAUGGAUUUGCUCCUGUGGGCUUUGCCCAACAUUCCACCACUCAGCUGGUACUGAGAAACAAAGGAAUCUAUGAGAGUGUGAAGCAUGUGCAGCAGGAGAACUUCUGGAUUGGUCCUUGCUCUGAGGAUCUAAUCCACUUGGGAGCAAAAUUUUCUCCAUGCAUCAGACGAGACAGUCAGAUAGCAAAGCUAGCACAGCAGGCCAAAGAUCUAGAGAGAGAGUCCGGCUGCUGUGUACAGAAUGAUGGUUCUGGAUGUGUGCAGACCCAGAGUGAUGACUGCUCGGAGACUUUAGCAACAUUUAUAAAAUGGAACAAAGAGAAUAAAUCUUCACGCGCAGUCUGCCAUCAGGACCCAAGGACUUGUGAAGAGCCAGCCUCAUCAGGACCACAUGUUUGGCCUAAUGACAUCACAGAUUGGCCGAUUUGUACAUACCCUAAAACGUGGAACCACACAGGAUACAAACACAUGGACUGCACACUAAAGGGCAGGCCGUGCUGUAUUGGAACAAAAGGAAGAUGUGAGAUUACAACUUGGGAGUAUUGCCACUUCAUGCGUGGAUAUUUCCAUGAGGAGGCCACACUGUGUUCACAGGUCCACUGCCUGAACGAUGUGUGUGGCUUGCUGCCAUUCCUGAACCCCAAUGUCCCAGACCAGUUCUAUAGACUGUGGCUCUCUCUUUUUCUUCAUGCUGGUUUACUACAUUGUCUGGUGUCUGUGAUCUUCCAAAUGACUAUACUUAGAGACCUGGAGAAACUAGCAGGCUGGUUACGCAUUUCCAUCAUCUACAUUGUCAGUGGUAUUACAGGAAACCUUGCCAGUGCCCUCUUCCUACCGUACAGAGCAGAGAAAAUAAGGUGGAGGUCUACCCCUUCCCAGUGACCAGCAUUUUUCCUCUGUAUGGCCUAUUUUGUGACAGGAACUACAAAACCUGCUAUCUUUGCCACAGGUUUGUUUGCUGUGUUCUCUUGAAGUUUGAGGAUUUUCAUGACACUCUAAUGCUUCCUUUACACCAUGGUAUAUGCAUCACCUUAAGAACUGAAACCGGCACACUAUCUUGAGCAGUGGCACAGGCUUCCUCUGAACUAAAAGUUGUAGAGUCAUCACAGCAAGUCACCUCUUCCAAGAAGUGGACAUGCUUUUCAGCCCCAUUGCUUUUAGAAUAAUUCCCUUCUGUUAACCACUGUGCAGAUGCAAUAGUGUGGGGCUUUGAUUUACAUCUGUUUUCUAUCCAUGAUCCCCAAUCUACAAUCGCUCUGAACGUGUUUUCAGCUGAAUCUAUUCUGUUUGACAAUGCAUUUUGGACUGGAGUGCCAGGAUUGUUCUUUAUGAUUUGUAAUAACAGUUCGUGAUCAUGGCUUGCAUUUUCUAGACCGGAAUGUUCUUUGUAUGCCACCCACAGACGUUCAGCAUAUGUUUCAAAUGGUUCAUUGUUUCCCUGCUUAAUUUCUAGUAUCCUGCUCCAAUCUGCGCUCAUUGGACCCCUCAUAUCUAACAAUGCCUGUUUUAAUCGUUCAUAGAUACUUUCGUCGGUUUCAUUAUUAUUUUGUUUCAUUAUGUCACCGGAUUUCAUCUCUGGGGUUAGCUUUGAUCUUAGCUCUUCAGGGAUCAUAAGGAGUGCUAUUUGCUGGGUGUUGCUCUUGUUUUGAUCGGACUUCGCUGAUUUUGUUCUUCAUGUCUCUGAAUGGGAGCUCAGUUAUGAGUUUCUCUCUGUGUUUUACUCUCUAACGCGGCAACAUCAUCAUCAUCACUAUCACUCUUUACCUCAGAAUCAAAAGUUUCAUCCAGUGCUGCUUGCUUAACCGCAGUCACUGGGAAUCCUGCAUUAUCAAAGCAGUCUUCAAGGGCUGAUAUAUAAUUAUUGCCGGCUUGUAGUUUCUUUUGAAGCACAUCUAUUUUUCUCGUCAUGUUUUUGCCUUUUCUUGCCCAACCGUGUCUUUCAUAUGUAAACGCCUCGACCUGUGCUCUAAGCUUUUGUAAUUCAUCCGAACGUGCUAUUAUGCGCUCAUUUUCGGCCAAUGUUUCUAGGUCAUUUUUCCGAAGUAGGUAGACGAUGGCAGCUGUUGUUUUUUUAAUUUGAUUUAGAUGCCAAUUUUUUCUUUCAGCCAAAAACCAGGAUAUGAUUUCGUUGUUUUUCCAUUUAAGGUUUAAUCCUGUACCACUUAAAAGAAGAAGGAUGUUUUUAUAUGCACAGUGUGAAUUUCCAUGAUCUGCUGAUCUGCACUGCCGCUGUACUGUCCCUUAAAAGUCAUGUUUCCCAGCUAAUUCUCCUCCCACCAGAUUUGUAUGGUCUCCUGUCUAACGAUGGGCAUGUCGGCCCGUUAGAUAGAGACAGGAACUAGCACUUGGAAUUUGCAUUAACUCAGGUCCCAAACCUGGGUGGUUUACAACUCAAUGGGAACAGAAGGUAAUUCACAUGGAUGACCUUGGGAAAGGGCACUCCCAUUACAGUAAGCAAAAUAUCUCUUAACUCUUAGGAUCUGUAUUAUCUUUUACUAUACUUUUGUAAGAUUGAGACCAUUGUACCAGUUGCACUGAGACAUUUCAAAUGAUACCAGACAUGACUUUAAGUUCACUUGCAUUGAGAUUUUCAUGUAAUCAUUUUCAGCAGAUUGAGUAGAAGAAACAUGGGUGAAGGGAUUUAAAAUGAAACAAAUGGCCAGAAGGGAAGGAGGUCUCCUGCACCUCCACUCUGUGGGGUGUCUCAAAGAUGCCCGUGUAUGUUUGUAUUGUCUGUUUCUCAGGAGAUCAAAGUAUCUGAGUUUCUUUUAUCCUUACAUGACGGAUAACAAGGAGGGAUUCCCCGCAGGUGAACUUCCUCUACUUAUAAGCAUUGUCAAACCAGUGUCAUAGUAGAGCACUCAUACAAAGUGGAGCGAUAUCCCUACUGCAAGACCCAACAGUAGCUGGGGAGGGAGGUAAACAAAGAAGAGGCAAUCUUUAUAUCCUACAUAAUGCUGUUCACCUUGCUCAAACAUUAGCCUGAGUAGAGGGCUACUGGCCAGCCAAGCCCUUUCUUUUUUUUGGUAAAUCAUUAAAUUGGUUAGCGUCAUCCUACCUUUCUGAUAUCUUGCACAUACACAAGCCCCUAAGUCUGUGAUCAGGUGACUUUGUUUCUAGGUCUACUCUAGACUGCUUCAAAAAAGACAAAAAACAAAAAUCAUACUACAAGUAUUACAAUCAUAUGACUUGUGCAGUUUACCCACAAGUUUUCUAAGAUUAUAUGAUGUUGCAUGAAGAAAGGAUGCCCAUACCUCUUCUGUUGUGUUCACAAUUUGUUUGCAGUAUGAAUCUUUUUCACACUUCUGCAUGUUUUGUUGUAAAUGUUACUUUAUAUGGUGUUGAGUACACUAAGCUUUCAAAUGUAUGCAAAGAAGUGAACAUAUGUUGAAAGGGAAGAUUUUCAGUGAAUAUUGACUUAAAUUUUAGACUUUUCCUCAAACAAAACUAUUUAGAAGCCAUAAAAUAACCUGGAUAUUCCACUAAACAUAUUUGUAUGAAAUCAUAGAGGUUUGGAGUGACAUGCUAAGUAGGCUAAAUUUUCAGUUUUGGGUAAAUUAUUUAAUUUUUUUUUUUUUUUUUUUUUUUUUUUUGUAUGUCAAGUCAAUACAAUCCGUAUUUGACACAAUACGGAUUGUGUCAAAGCAGCUUUACAGUGUCAAACAGGAAAAUAAUUUGUCAAUAAUGCAAGAGGACAAUAACAAACUUCAGUUUUUCAGUUAAAGUCAGUUC